GAAGAUAUGUUCUUUUCCUUUGCGUUUUAGGACAACAAAACGCCAAAGCUCACCGUACCCUGUUCGGACAUCCAAGAGAUUCGACGCUGUAAUCGCCUAGAGAUGCCAGACAACAUGAACACAUUUGUCUUAAAGGUUACUGGUCAUUCGGGUAGUUUUAUAUUUGAGGCUGAUAAUGAGCAGCAGGUGAGCUCUUGGACCACCGAGCUCAGAGAAUGCAUCACAAGCAGGUCAGAUAGUGUGGAUGGAGAAGCGUUUCCUGUUAGUGACUCGCUCAACGCAGCUCGCAGAGGGAGCACGGAGCCCAGCAGCCAGGGCUCUCUAGGUUUUGGACUAACAGAGCAUGCCUACAAUAAAACGGAUCACUUCCUGUCCUCUUACCCAUGGUUCCAUGGGCCCAUAUCACGUGUGCGGGCUGCCUACCUUGUACAGCAUGCUGGGCUCAGCGGCCAUGGGAACUUCCUCGUGAGACAGAGCGAGACGCGGAGGGGAGACUACGUCCUCACGUUUAACUACCAGGGCAGAGCAAAGCAUUUGCGUCUAUCUUUAACUGAAUGGGGUCAGUGUCGUGUGCAGCACCUGCGUUUCCCAUCAGUCAUGGACAUGCUGAGUCACUUCCGCAACUGUCCGAUCCCGCUGGAGUGCGGCGCCGCAUGCGAAGUUAUGCUGGCCAAUUACGUGCGGGUAAACCCCACUCACACAGGUCAGAGUUCGGCCGUCGGCUCUCCGGUAUUGGUGCCCUUCUCUCGCUGGAGCUCAGAGCCGAGUCUGGCUCACUGCAGUCCGGAUUCGUGUCCUCACUCCAGCCCCUUCACGGCCCAGUCGUCCGGAUUAUCCGUGCUCCCGCAUCGCACGGGCGCUUCGUUUCCAGACCGCCCCGUUCCCGUCCCCCUGCGCCGGAGCGAGUCGGUGGGCCGCAGAAACCUGCUCCGCCACCCCAACCCGCUGCCGCCCCUACUGGCCAACCGGGACUCUGACUACGAACUGGAGCCGCCCGACAGGGGGCGCAAGAGAGCCAUCGACAACCAGUACAUGUUCUUCUGACAGAGACAGAGGAGGAAAAAGAAGAGAACAAGCCGCGGAUGAAAAGUGCUCCGGAAUUCCCGGUCGGAUGGAGAGCGUCUGGCAACCAAACGGAAGAAAGGAGUUGGAGUCGUGCAAGAUUGCGCACGAGACUCGGGGCAGAGGCACCUGUGCGCUAACAAUACCGCCGUACACCGGACACCCAGCCCUGGCAGCUGUCUACCUUGUGAAUGUAUUAUACGGAUGUUUCGCUAUCAAAUCAGUGUGUAUCGUAAAAUAGCUCGGAGGAGUUGUUGGAUGGGAACGUUGCGAGACGGCUGGUCAGCAAGCCGAACACAAACCAAGGGUCCAUUCACAUUCAAACACUUUCGUGUCUACACUGGAAGCGGACAUCGCAACAGCUCGAGGCCGUCUACACUGGAUACAUUCAUUCAGCUGUAUGCUAGAGGCUAGACUGUAGUAAUCGACGAUUACUAAAACGACGAUAACAUUUGUUUGUCGAUCAGACAAAAAAAAUCGUUAUAUUCGACAGAAAUGCAUUACAAAAUAGAUUUUGCAUGCGAUUUAGUUUGAUCUACAACUACAACUGCAUAUGCUUAUAGUAGAAAUGACAAAAUGAUUCAAGUUAGCUCAUCAGACCAGGAGGCUAGAAUUUAGCGAUUAUUAAAAUCGUGUCAAAAUCAUUCGAAGUAAUCUUUAUUUUCCACAGCAAUCCUUUAUAAAAUUAAUUUAGCAUGCGAUUAACUUUAGCAUUAAUUUUGCAUAUGUUCAUAUCCCUACAACUGCAUAUGCGUAUUGUUAAGGGAAAAAAUAAGACAAAUUAGUUCGCCAGACCAGGAGGCGAAAGCGUGAUAGAUUGGAAAAAUCAUCAGAAUUUACAAUUACAAAAUUGAUUUUGCAUGUGAUCAUUUUAUAAUUAUGUUUUAUUAUUAGUACUCCUACGACUGCAUACGCAUAUGGUUAGAA